AUGGAAGAAUUAAAUAUUCAAAAUGAAGGAUCCGAAGUACUACAAGACAAGGAAUUUGAAGGAUCCGAAGCACUACAAGACAAGGAAUUUGAAGCAUUAUUAGAAUAUGAUAGUGCAGAAGAUUUUCCCGAUACAGAUAAUAUAUCUGGUGACAUUGAGAAUACGACGGAAAAGGAUAUAAGUCUUUUUGUUGGAAAAAUUUUUCAAAGUUGGGAUCAUGUUUCAAAUUUCAUGAAAAAAUACGCCGCUACUAAAGGUCACAGAGUGCGAAUUGGUGGUGGUGGGAAAGUAAAUAAAGCAAAGGAAGUAAUUAAGCGAACUUAUUUGUGCCGGCAUGCUGGACAAGCAAAGUCCAAUCGGACAGCACUUAUGGAGAAACAGCAUUCAAAUACGUCCUCAUGUAGAAUCGGGUGCCCGUGGAAGGUUAAUAUUUGGAACAAAAAAGACAAAGGCCAUUUGGAAGUUACGACUUUACAUGAUCAGCAUACUGGUCAUGAACUUCACCCAUUAGCAGUUCGAUUUGUUCCAACAUUGCGCAAACUACCAGAGGAAGUCAUUGAAGAAAUUCGUUUUUUAACCGUCGUUGCCAAAGCAAAUGCAACCAUUCAAUAUAGAGUUAUUAGAGAAAAGUUCAAUAUUAGAAUUAUCUGA